AAUCUUCCUAUUGUCUCCGCGUGCACACGACGUCCCAUGUCCGCUGUGACUUGGAGCAAUGGUGGUACUAUGGCUUCGCCAUCCAGAAAGCUCAAAUGGUGCGGCAGAGUUGCUGUAUUCGGGGACGAGGAUAAGAGCGAUCUUGGUAGCUCCGUAGCGCCGUCAUUCAGGAAGAAUGGAGAAACAGACACAAAGAGGAUUAGGGCAGCGGGCAGUGCAGAAGCCGCGGAGCAUUCUCGGGCGCUCAAGCAGGAGGCAUGGGACGCGUCGAGACAUGGAUUAAGGUUUGCUGUAAACAAAACGCGUCAGGGGCACGUGACACCCGCGUCGCGCGCGUCCAUAUAAGAAGGCGCCGUUCCGGAGUGCUCGCCACCAUUUCCCUAAGCUCUCCUCCCCUGCCCUUGCGCUUGCGCCCGUUAUCUCCCAUCCUCCACAACCACCGUCUAUCCCCUCUCCACUUACAUUCUCACUAUCAACCUCGUUACGAUGGCUACCGCGCCCAAGUCCACUGCCUCUGAGAAGCCUAAGUCUACCGCUACCGACAAGCCCAAGUUCAGCGCGGAGAAGCCCAAGUCGUCCGACAAGCCUAAGUCCGCUGCCGCUGAGAGGCCCAAGUCGCAGAGGACGGCCGACAAGAAGACUACGGAGAAGAAGUCCACUCCUAAGGCUGCUAAGCCCGCUGGUAUCAAGAAACCCAAGAUCGCCGCUGCACCCAAGAAGGCUAAAGCCGCUAAGCCUGCGGACGAUGGCAAGGCGCAUCCUACCUGGAAGGAGAUGAUCAAGGAGUGUAUCGUCGACUCGAAGGAGCGUACCGGGGUGUCGCGUCCUGUGCUGAAGAAGAUGAUCCAGGAGCGAUAUGGCCUUGACGCUAUCAGCGACAACGUCGAGUCCUCGCGCUUCACCCGUGCUAUUCAGAACGGUGUCGAGGAUGGAACCUUCGCUUUGCCCAAGGGGCCCUCUGGCAAGGUCAAGCUCGCUCCCAAGACUAAGCCCGAGCCCACCAAUGAGAACGCCGCCCCUGCUCCUGCAAAGAAGGCUGCCCCUGCGAAGAAGGCGGCUGCUCCCAAGAAGACCCCUACCACGGCCGUGAAGAAGGCGCCUGCGAAGACCGCCAAGACGGCUAAGGCGACGUCGACUACCAAGAAGCAGAGCACUGCUAAGACUACCGAGAAGAAGAAGACGGCCGCGAAGGCUGCUGCGACCAAGGCCACCAAGGCCAAGUCGACUGCAUCCAAGCCUGCGUCUAAGCCGAGAGCAAAGAAGACUGCUGCAUGACGUGGUUACGGUCUUGUUUGUCGUCUACAUUAUUGGCUGUUUUGUGUUUGGCUUCGUGACGCAGUGUGCCUCGUGUACUAGUAUAUCUCUACUGUACUGUGAUGUUUCUAUAUCUUUGGUCUCGAAUCGAUGGAUGGUGGACUGCUUUCGG